UUGAGCAAGCUAAGUCCAGAAAAGAGAAACACAAUCCGAUUCGAAUUUGAUGAAACAUGAACAACUUACCCAACCUAAGAAAUCCUAAAUUUAACCAAAAACUAAACAAAUUUGAUUUACACUUCUCUUACGCGCACCAAAAUCAAAUUCAAUUCCUAAAUUAAGCACAAUCAUUUUAAUCUAUUCCUUUAUAAAUUCCCUUUUUCAUCAAUCCACAAGCAUCAAUCAAUUUCUCUUCCUCUGUAAACACCCUUCAUUUUCUCUCUCUCCGGUGGUGUUUUCAUGGCAGCAACAACUGGGUAAAGCUAAGUAACCAAAACGACGCCGUUCUGAUAGGAAAAAGAGAAACCAUGGAAGUAGAGAGGAUGAAACUGUUAAUGCUCCUCUCUUUUAGAAAGCAGAGUACACGUGUUGCUCUUGUGGGUGGAAACCACACCGCUUCAAGGUUCUGCACUCGCUAAAUUUCCCACCUUUUUUCACUUGUUUCUUCAUCUUCUCUUUUCUACAUCUGGCUCCUCUUUGUUUUUAAGCUUAACAAAAAUGGGUAAGCAAGGUAGAAGAGUUAGUUUUAGUUCUGGUUCUUUCUUGGUGAUUAAGGUUCCUGAUGCAAGGUUUUUACGUAUUGUGUCACGGUCUUUGUUUUUGUCUUUUGUUCUUGUUGCAUUUCCUGUCUUUAGGUUCUUACUGAAAAGGUCGGUUUUGUCUGGACACGAUGCUACUGUUGUUACUGCUUCAACUUCUGUGUCCAUCAAUGUUGAGGUUUUGAAUUCCAUUCUUCAUGAUUUGGGUGAUGAGGGUCUUCUUAAAAAGGAAGAUAAGGCUCUUAUUAUGAGCCCUCCACGUGGAUUUGAAGGUGGUGAUUCUUUGUUGAAUUGGAACAGUGAGGUUGUUGAUGUGGUUAUGCAUCAUGAGUCUUAUGAUUUUGUGUUCACCACAAGCUUUGAAGAUGCUGUUUCUGCUGAUACUGUUCUGAAAGUUAAUGGCAUUGUAGCUUUCCCUUUGAGCGUUGAUGAUUACUCAUCAAAUGCUGGUUUUAGAAAACAAUCUAAUUAUAGAGUUGUGUAUCUUAGGCGAUAUGAUUCUAUUUUUGUAGCGUUGAGGAAAAUUGGUGUGGAAAAUAACUUAGUGGAUUCUUCACCGAAGAGGAGGCUUUGUCAGUUUGCAAAAGUGGACAAAACAACUGCUUUAGAGGGUCUCGAAGACGCGCUCCAUGAGCCGUCAAGACAGGCUUCUGCCAAAGCAAACAAGAACUUGAAGAUCAAAUACCUGCCUGAGUUGUUGGGCGAUUCUCUUGAUGGUGAUAAGCGAAGAGUGUUUGUUGGUGUGGGUUUGCAUGAGGAAAACAAAGCAGCUAUUGAAUGGUUUGAGAGAAACUACCCAAAGAAGGGUACCAAAUUUCAAAUUCACAGUUUACAGGUUGCAUUGGAAGAGCGAAAUUUGCCCCAAACUGAUGUUUCUGCUUGGUUAUCUAGGCAUGUGAAGGAGGAUGAGUAUGUUGUGAUGAAGGCAGAAGCGGAUGUUGUGGAGGAAAUGAUGAGGAAAAAUACUAUUUACUUGGUGGAUGAAUUGUUCCUCCAAUGUAACAAUGAGUGGUGGCAGAAUGGGAAGGGUAAAAAGAAUGGUAGAGCAUAUUGGGAGUGCUUGGCUUUGUAUGGAAGGCUGAGGGAUGAGGGAGUUGCAGUACACCAAUGGUGGGACUGAAUUAAUUAGUGCUAGCUAUUAUGUGUUGUUGUGAUAUGCUUGUAGCAUUUACACACUUGGCUUCUCUGUUAUCUGGUUUGAUCUGUUUCUAGUUUUUAAUACUGUCUAGUUAGAACUGAGUAUGCCAUUGAUGCAACCUAUUUGUACAUGUUUUCACAAUUCUGACUAUAUCAACGAUGGUAUUGUCCUACAGAUGAAUUGAUUGUGUUUCCUCUA